AUGCAAGUCGACAAGACACACCAACGAAGGCGCAACGUGGUGGACCGGUUUCUAGUUGGGCAUCAGCUUUCAUGGAAGAGGCAGCAAGACACGAUGCUUGAGCUUUCCUGGCGUGCCUGGAGAAAUGCAUGGCAAGAUGCCACGCGCUUCCGAAAGACCAAUCGCCGUGAGCUUGAAUGGGAGCCACAGGCCACAGAAGAGGCCAACGAGAUGCCUCGGAAAGGAGUCCGUGCAAGCAAUCCCAGGACGGCAGCGUCAAGUUCGUACAUGCUGCCGCGGCCCAAGCAUCACAGACUGUCUCAGCGUUUGUGCCGACUCUUUGGCUUAGCCGGGCCGUGCGAGCUCGCAGGGCCCGGAACUCUUCAAAGUGACCAAGCGGACAAGACGGACAAGAUGCUUCAGGACCUGGAGCAGCACCAAGGAAUGGGCUUGAAGGAGAGGCAACCGCUUGCAGAGCAGAUCGCUGAAGCGCGCCGGCAGAACGCCAAGGCGUUCCUCGUGGCCGGCGACGGUGUUGGCGAAGGGCAAAGGGAGGUUGUAGCCAUGCCCUUUGUGAUCCAAGCUGCUGUUGGGUUGCCGCUGCCACCAGCUUUGCGCUGCUGCAUUGUCACUGGACUUUCAACAUCUGCCUCGGACGGCCCAGUAACGCUGCAGAGGGUGAGGCUAGAGAACAAUGGAGGACCAGUACUGGAGGUCUCCGAGGGGACAUCGUGUGAGCUUUAUGAUUGCUUGGUGAACGGCUCCGUGACUCUAGCCAAAGGUGCAUCCGCCAAGCUGAUCAGAACACAUGUCUUUGGCUCUGCUGGAAGUGGUGUGGAAGGCAGAGCUUUCGCCAAACUGCAGCUGGCCGCUUGCACCGUCCGAGAUUGCGUGGGCGACGGGCUGCUCCUAAGACAUGGGGAGGCUGAUAUCUCCGAUUGUACAAUCACCAACUGCGGCCAAAGUGGAGUGGUGCUGGGGCCAGGGACAUGGCGGUUGUCAGGGAAUGUGCUUUCUGGCAAUGGCCAGUAUGGGGUGUGGGCUGAAGCCGGAUCAAAGGCAGUAUGGGGACAGAGCCUUUGCACUGGAAAUCGGCUGGGUGACAGGGGUGGACGUGGAGACUUGGCAGGCUGGCAAGGCUGUGGUUUGGCACCAGGUGAAAAGUGCCGUGUUUGGAGCGAGAAGAAAGGGAAGUGGAUCAAGGGAGAGGUGAAGGAAGUUGUGUCAGCACAAGAUGAGGUUGUGGUGGAAAUCCGGGGCCACAAAGCGGCCAUCAACCAUCCAGAGCCAGAGCCGGGUGUUGCUGAAGAAGCUACAGACCAUGUCGCUCGAGUGAAAGACCCUGGUAAGGAGGCUGCUUGUGAUGGAGGCGGCUGCUGCACAUUGGAUGAAGCUGAGUGA